AUGGAAAGCUCUCCAUUGAUUGUGAUGGAGGGAAGGAAGUUGAGUCUCUUUCUCUUUGCUUUGUGCUCUCUUCUUGGGCUGCCCUUGUCGGCCGGAGUUGAAUAUAUAUCUGCAGUGGGUGAUCCUGGAAUGAAACGAGAUGGUCUGAGAGUGGCAAUCGAGGCAUGGAAUCAGUGCAACGAGGUCGGAGAAGAAGCUCCCAAUAUGGGAAGCCCAAGGGCCGCGGAUUGCUUCGACGUCGACACUUCUGCGUCACCUGUCAAGUUGGUACACAAGAUAACUGAGAGAGACAACAAGCUGGGCUUAGCUAGUCCCUCUCGUGGAGGGUUGAUGUCCGACGAUGUAGACGAUUACGCAGCUGAGAAGGAGAUAUACUUGGGCAACAAAUGCCAGGUAGAGGAUCAGCCGAGGCCAUGGCAGUUCUGGAUGAUCAUGCUCAAGAGUGGCAACAUGGACUCAUUAGCGGCUCUAUGCCCAGAGAAUGGGAAGCCUUCAAAGGCCUUUCCGCCACAGUCAAGGUUCCCAUGCUUCGGUAAAGGGUGCAUGAAUAUGCCCUUGAUCCAUCACAACUUCACCAGUUUGCAGAAAGGAGAGAAGGGGGCUAGUGUGUUAAGGGGAGCUUUCUAUGGGACAUGGGACCUGGAUGCUGAUGUUACAAGAGGGCUGGUUUCAAACACCAUUUCUUACUACUCUGUGGAUUGGGAAAAGGAAAUUGGCAAGGGAAGCUGGGUCUUCCAUCAUGUGCUGAAGACUUCACACAAGUAUCCAUGGCUAAUGCUCUACUUGAGAUCAGAUGCCACAACUGGAUUUUCUGGUGGAUACCAUUACCCAACAAGGGGGAUGUCCAAGAUUAUUCCAAAGUCACCAAAUUUCAAAGUAAGGUUCACACUGGAUAUAAAGAAAGGUGGGAGUUCUAAGAGCCAGUUCUACCUUAUGGACAUAGGAAGCUGUUGGAAGAACAAUGGGCAACCUUGCGAUGGCGAUGUGACGACCGAUGUCACCAGAUACAGUGAGAUGAUCAUCAACCCCAGAACUGAGUCAUGGUGCCGCCCUGAUAAUCUUAAGUUCUGCCCACCUUACCACACCCUGCCCAAUGGAAAAAGAAUCCAUCGCACAGACAAGGCCAAGUAUCCAUAUGAGGCUUAUCACAUGUAUUGUGCCCCUGGACAUGCACAGCAUGUAGAGGAGCCAUACAAUUUAUGCGAUCCAUACGGCAAUCCACAAGCCCAGGAGGUAGUGCAGACACUGCCACACCCAGUUUGGGGAGAAUAUGGGUAUCCCACAAAGAAGGGUGAGGGGUGGAUUGGAGAUGCCCGGACCUGGGAUCUUGAUGUGGGAAGGUUGUCUCAGUCACUUUAUUUUUACCAGGAUCCAGGUACUAAGCCUGUAGAUAGAUACUGGCCUUCUAUUAACGUGGGAACUGAGAUCUAUAUAAGUGAGAAUGAAGUUGCAGAGUGGACUGUCAGCGGCUUCGAGAUUGUUGUUCCAAAAGAUGACUAUUGA